CCUUGUGUCUUCAUCUUCCUCCUGGCUGAGUUCUUCUCUCAACAAUAGCGAUUGUGGAAGAGUAAGAUUGUGAAAGAAAGAGGGAGAGAGGGGAGAGAGGGGAGAGAAGAGCGAAAGGGUCACCCACGCUCGCGGGAGUUUCAUUUCGCAACUUCACCUAAAUUUGAUUUUUUACCAUCCCUCAAAAGCUAACCUUCAUCUUCUCCAUCCUCUUCAUCUCUUCGAAUUCCAUCAAAAUCUCACAUCCACAACCUAAUAAGUUGUCAAUGCAAACCUUUCAUUUCUUCAGUUCAAAGUGCAAAAAAGUAUCAACAAACCACAAAAGCAGAGCUUCAACAACAACAAGAAACUCCAAUUCAAUUUCCCUUUCCUCCACGACAACUUGUUUUGUAAUCUUAUGUUCAAACAAAAUCCAAGUUACGACAAGGAAUAACUUUCCCAUCACUUCUCUUCCUCCCUUUCCCUAUAAAAUCCUCUCUUUCUUCCUUUCUCAAUGUCUCCAUCAUACCUUCAGUUCUUAGACUAUGUCCAUCCCUCAGCCUCAAAACCCCCGAUCUCGAGUCGUCGUCAAUGGCGGCUUCACCAGGACCACCAAUAUGCAUUACUACUGGUGCCGAAUUUGUCGAAGAAUCAUCAGAAUUAGCUUAGGAAACCCUUUAGAAAUUUCCAUUACUUGCCCCUUUUGCUCCAGAAACCUCCGCCAUGAAUUGGACGUAGCCAGGGCUCGAAAUUUCCCUCGUCUCCCCGCCAUUUCCCCUCCGAUUGUCCAACGGUGGGGAUUCGAAGAAACCGAUGCGUCAUGGAUCACGCUCCAAUUCCCGAGACCAGCGGUAAAUUCCGGGAUUGAGGAGAUUCCAAGGGUGAGAAUUACGGGGAAGCAUUUGGAGAAGGAUUCGAAUUGUGCGAUUUGUAAAGAGGAAUUUGAAAUGGGAGAGGAAGUUAGAGAGUUGCCUUGCAAGCAUUUUUACCAUUCGGAUUGUGUUAUUCCUUGGUUGAGAAUGCAUAACACUUGCCCUGUUUGCCGGUAUACGUUGGAGAAUAUCGGCGACGAGGGGAGUGGGAGCGGUUUUAAUGGCGGAAGGGGUGAGGAAUUCCGGGAAGAAGAAGAAGAAGAAGGUGAAAGAAGAGGGAAUGGAUGGUGGAACUUGGUGUGUUGCUGGUGGCCGUUCCGUUUAGUCGGCGAUUGGGCUCGCCGUCUCCGGUUUGCUGAUUCGGGUGAUAGUUUCUUCGCCGUUGAACCAGGUUCGUGGAUGUACUCUUGGCUAGCCAAUUAACCCACCCCCGGUAAUAUCUACUACAUUCCUUACUCUUCAUUUCCUUUCAUUUCUUAACCAAUUGAUUAGGUACAUGAAAUUGUGUUGGAUUUAGUAAUGUAAUUAACAAGCAUUUUGCUUUCUUAUUCCAUUUCUUUCUUGUAAGUAACUACCAAAAUUGCAGACAGUCAAAAGGAACCUUUGUUUAAGAACUGUACAUCUUUUACUAAAGAAAAUAAGACUAUAUAAUAAUAGUUCCUUUUGAGGUCUGCAACUUCAAAUCUCUCCUUUCAUAAAUUAAUUAUAUUUUUUUCUAAAACAUAUAUAAUUUAAACCCAACCAAGGAGGAGAGUUGGUUCCCUUUGGAAAACAACAUCCCUAUUUCCCUGCGUAGGGUUAAUAUAAAGGGAAAUAUCACCUUUUGUCUUCUUCUUAUUCUUCUUCUUAUUCUUCUUCGGACUCUCUAUACUGACUUUCUUUGUUCUUGAGGAGUGAACCAAAAAUGAGUUUCCCAUCUGAUUGUAUUCUUCAGACUAUUGUAUGUUGAUUAUGUAGGUGAUAGAUGUAAAUGAGUUGUAGGAGAGAGCGGUCAAGACCCGUUAUUCUUAAUCCUACAAAGAUGAGAAGGGAAUGAGUUGUGCUUUUGUAGAUAUAAAUGAAUUGAUUUUGUACUAAGAAAUACUACUACUACGUGCUUUCAACCUAUAAUCAAGUAAAAAAUAUGUCAAACCUUACAUGAACUGGAUGUGACGGAUCUUCAUUUGUCUGCCCUGAUUUGGAGCGAAAAGAAGGCUUGGGUUUAGGUAACAGAUCGGGGGGCAACAGUGGUGGAGACUCUACUGGAGAUGCACGUGGAGAAUAAACACGAGGUUGAUUAGCUGGAGGAACGAUCAGUCUGGUAGACUUAGGAUACGAGAUUGGUGGUAUUGAAUGUUCAUGAGGGGAAUUUGCAGGAACCAUAGAAGGGUUCGGAGACGAGCUUUUGCAAUUUGCAUGAGGUGGGGAAUGGUUUGCUGGUGGUCGCAUGGAUCUCAACGGAUGUGGGCCACUCGGUACUUCUACAUGAUUGCCAGGCGCUGGGGCAGGGGCUGGAGAAAAACUUGGUGGCAUUGCCUUGGAGGUUCUCUUCGGAUAAGAAGACAAACUGACACUCUUGACUUCUCCAAAAACAGAAUAAUCAAGGCCAAGAUUUCUUUCAGGAGAGGUGUUGAUGAUUGCAGCCAACUGCUGUAAUCUCUGUGACGUAAUGCGUCCCAAUUCCGACGUAAUAGAAGCCUGAACAAUUACGAGUGGUUGCACUGUCGAGCCAAUCUUGUUUGUUAUUUGCAAAUACACAUUCUGUAUAACAAGAAAAGAAAGAGUAGAAUCCAACAUCCAUUAAUCAACUCCAGUCCCAGAUACAUAAAACUAACAACAAUAAUAUAAAACUCAUCUCAAGUCUAAACUUAUGAUCUCAAGUUCUAGAGAUAA